AUGGCAACAGCAUCUAAAAUCCAGCUCUCCGCCUCGCAAACCCCCCAAUUCCACGUCGCAAACCUAGCCCCCGAGAGCGCAACCAAGGCCAGCGAACUCUUACAGACCAACCAUGAAAACCACCACAUCUUCUUCAACCAAGACGGCUUCCACAACCACAUCGCCCACCACCUCCUCACCCUCUUCGCCCUCGGCGCCACACCCGCCCAACUCCAAGCCGCCUACGACCACAACGCCUCGUACCAGCGGCCGCCGGAGCCGCUGCAACCCUCCAUCGUGAGCGGCAUGCAGGACCCCUCACGUUUCAAAAACUAUCUCGGACAAGAAAAGUACUACCAUGAUUUCCUCGUCUUCUUCCAAGAGGAGAUUGAUAACAAAGGGUGGGAGGCUACGCUCCAGGAAUACCUUUUUGCGGGGACGGAAAUGGCGGAUGAUUUGUUGGUGAGGUUGUAUGCGGGGUUUUUGCAUCCGUUGAUUCAUCUCGGGUUUGGGGUCGAGUUUGAACAACCAGGUGUUAUUGCUGAGGCGUUGGCGCAGGCGGCGGUGCAUGGGGCGUGGAUGAAGGGGUUGUUUGUGGGGUGUGAGGAGAAAGUCAAAGAAAGAGAGGCUGGGGAUGUUGGGGGAAGGAAGACAAUUGUACAGGUGCUGGAGGAGUGUAGGAGUAAUGAGAAAAUGCGGACGGCGGCGCAGGAGGGCGAUGCGAAUAAGAUCCGCGAUGGAAUUUUGAAGCGGGCGCCGGCUGAGAUGGUGGAGAUGGCUACACAGUGUUUUGUAAAAGAAGGUGAUGAUUUACAGGAGAAGAUGGCGGAGAUGGUUAAUGCUACUGUCUACUUCACAAGCACAUCCCAACACCCCCCUCACAUACCCAAACUAGACUUCUUCUAUAUGCACUGUCUAAACGCCUCAAUCUUCUUCGCCCGCUUCCUCGCAACCCCCUCCUUCUCCCCCCACACACAGCGGCGCCUGCUAAACUGGAAAAUAUGGUCCGAUAUCACAAUGUACGUGUCGCGCGGUUGUCCCCCGCUCCUACUACAAGAAAUUACAGACUACAAGCCCAAGAAAGAGGGGGAUCUGGCGAGUGUGAUUGAGAGAGUCAAGCAGAUUGAUGACGAUGGGCAUGCGGCCAAGUUGGUAAGGGCGAUUGCGAAUGCAGAGCGGGUUUGCAAAGAGUGGGAGGGGAGGGACGGGUUUGAAGUCAAGGGCGGGAUGUGGGAUAAGGUUGGGUUGUUGGCGGUGGAGAGCUUGGAGGCGGGGGCGCCGGAGUGGGUGAGGGGGUGUGGGUUUGAUGGUGCGUGGAAGGAUGUGCCGUUGAGGGAAGGAGGGGGGAAGUUGUAA